UUUAUCGCAGCCCCCAUCCGUGCACGUGCACCGACCAGUUUGACCGAGCCAUAGAGAUCCGCUCUCGAGUUUCUCAAUAGUAUUACCAGUGAUGGUCAAAUAUUUGUGUUCGUAAUUGGUUUAUGUGUUAUCAAAUUGUGUGUCAGUGAUAUGAAGCGGAUGAAAAGUUGUGAAAGCCCCGGCACUUUUGUAACUUUUUAGUGUUCGUUGCGAAUCCUCACGGCUCGCAGUCUUGGCGCACAAAACUUGCGGAGAUCAAGAUAUGAUGAAAGUACGAACGUAGUUACAAGAAGCAAUAGCAUGAGAAGGCUUUAAGCGCAACGAGCUCGAAAAAAAUAAGGAAGUAUCCUGGCAACACGCGAAGACGAAGAAGAAGUAGAAGAAGACGACGACGACGACGACGAAGAAGCAACAGCAGAGGCAGAGUAGCGAGUGGCAGCGGUGUCGUGGUGUGGCGCGGUGGUGGCGGCGCGACUCCUCGUGAGCGCAUAUUGCGUUAGUAAUCAGAGAUCCUAGCUCAGCGAAUGCAACGCUUGACGAGUCGACUCGAGCUCCUUCUUAGCCUUCACUGGUCUAUACCAUGUACAAAUAUAUGUAUAUACGGGACAGUUGCUGCGCCACUGGAGCCUCGAGGAUGAAUCUCUCGCGGAGACUAGCGAUGCUACUCCUGACGCUCUGCUUCGUGCAAUUUCGACAGCGCGUUGGAGCGCUAAGGUUACUAGAAAUAAACGUCCCAUCGUACCUCAAAAAAGGCGAGUCUACACGAUUGGAGUGCAGAUAUGACUUGGAUUCGGAUAAGUUUUAUUCAGUGACGUGGUACAAAGACAAUGAGCACAUAUUUAGCAUCUCACGUAAAACUAAUAAAAAGCAAGUCUUCCUUACAGAUGGAGUGAGAAUAGACCAACACAGAUCGAACAACCAAAUUCUGCAGCUGCAGAGUGUUGACCUUAAUUCCACAGGAUAUUAUAUGUGCGAGGUGAACGCCGACAAUCCACCCUUCAAAGCCGUAAAGGGGGAAGCUUACAUGGAAAUUAUAGACCCACCGCGAGAAGAUCCGAAGAUUACCGGUGAAGAGGAGAUUUACGCCAGCGGCGAUAUUCUCGCGCUAAAUUGUACUAGCGCUUUUUCUCAUCCAGCGGCUCGUUUGCAGUGGUUCAUCAACGAUUCUCCAAUCGAACCCGAUUCCGAAGUACUACAUACAACAUCGCACGGUCUGCACAGUACUCUAUCGAAUUUGAGAUUGGAGUUGAACCCAGUUCACGUUAGCGAGGGCAAAAUUCAAGUCAAAUGUCAAUCGACAGUUCGAAGUUCGUUGUUGGUGAAGAAAAAGCCCUAUUACGACGUCCGAUCGACGGUGAUUUACGUACGAGGCUUCGCGGACGUGACGAUACCGUCGGCCGCACUGUUGAUCUGUAAUCUACUGUUACAUCCACUGUUGAGAAAGUAGCUGUUCGUCGUUUCUUCCUUGGGACCAUCGUGAUCGUCGUCGGUGGCGUCAUCGUUAAUGCAGCGUCAAAUCUUCUUCGAGGUACGUGAAGAGACAAUCAUCCUUGCGACUUUUUGACUCGGCUUCGCUGCAAUGAAAAAAAACGUCACAGGUACUGGACGAUACCGAUUAUACGAUAAUAUGGUCAAGUGUUAAUUAUUUUUCAUUUCUCAAAUGUAUAAUGUACAGUUCACGUCUAUAUGGCUAAAUACGAUUGUUAGCGCUGUUUUGACUGGGGAUAGAUGCAAAAAUGUAUAAAUAAAUGACGUUAUAUUAUGUAAAAUACCCCGUACGCGCGUGUACGAUGUAUAUUAUAAUGACGGUUUGAAUGGGUGCGCGAGAUUCUUGGAUAUAUAUAUC